GUCACCACUCCAUUUAAACCCUCCGUCAACUUGGGAUCAUAAUCUAGAGAACAAAAACCAUUCUCACAUGAGUGGUUGUUUGUGCGGUUUGAUUUGUGGUUCUAUUAAUUCAGCUGCGCCAAUAAGUAUGGAAAAAGAAAGCUUCACGACUCUUCUAUCUGCUUCUUGCAACGAGCAGCGCAAGUUGUUGGGAAGUUGCGAUUUGAUUUUUGUUAUAAAAAUUGUUUGUGAUUUCACCGUUUCGUCCCUAAUAAAAUCGCCGCUGAAGAUUCGAUGUUUUGUUCGUCAAACCUCCAAAUUCCCUUCCCCACCGUCGAAUCGAAUCUGUAAGUAGGCUCAGACUCGCAGAGACCGCGCAAAUUUCGCCGGGAGCCUGCCUAACCAACAUCCGCCAUGGAACUAAUGAUCCAUUCUUCUUCCUUCCUUCUCCCGAACACCACUGCCGGAGAAGAAGAAGACAACCGCCGCCAUUCUCCAACAUACGCCCUCGUCCUCCUCAACCAACGCCUCCCUAAAUUCACUCCUCUGCUCUGGCAGCACGCACGAGUUCGAGUCUGCGCCGAUGGAGGAGCCAAUCGGGUCUAUGAUGAAAUGCCUCUUCUCUUCCCGCACGAAGACGCCGCCCAUGUUCGCCGCAGGUUCAAACCAGAUGUAAUCAAGGGGGAUAUGGAUUCGAUACGAUCUGAAGUACUGAGCUUUUACAGUGAAUUGGGAACUGAUGUAGUUGAUGAAUCUGAUGAUCAAGAUACCACUGACCUGCACAAAUGCAUAGCUUAUAUUAAUGGUGUCAUGCCAAAUGUUGAUAAGUCAUCGUUCUGCAUCCUCGUGACUGGAGCACUUGGAGGGCGAUUCGACCACGAAGCUGGCAACCUCAAUGUCCUGCACCGAUUCUCGACCACGCGGAUAACCCUUCUAUCAGAUGAAUGCCUCAUCUACCUGCUUCCAAAAACUCACCGUCACGAAAUACAUGUAAACUCCUCUGCUGAGGGACCUCAUUGUGGACUCGUUCCGAUGGGGAUGCCAUCCGGGAGAACUACAACAACAGGCCUUCAGUGGGACCUCAAUGAUGCGGAGAUGAGGUUUGGAGGUCUAGUAAGUACAUCAAACAUAGUGAAAGCAGAAAGGGUUACAGUGGAGUCGGAUGCAGAUCUCCUGUGGACGAUAUCGAUUAAAAAGUUCUGAUGGCCCCCUCGGCACUUCUGCUUCGACGACGGUGAGGCAGGCCGAGGUCUGCUCAGUUGCUACAUUUUUCUGUAGGUAGUAGAAAUGCAUAUGUAUGAAGGCAAUAUAUGGUAAUUUUAUUUAGGUUAAACAGACUGAUAAAUUCAACCAUCACACGUCUCACCCACACCAUUACUUUUUGAACAACAAUGUCGAGUACCAACUUCAUUGUAUUAUUCACCAUGUUUUAGAAACUGUACCCUACAGUCCAGUCAUCGGAUAUCGAGCUCAAAUGGAAUACAAUACGGAAAUCACG